UACGCGCCGCGCGACACACGGCAGUGAGACGUAGCUAGCCCUUUAGCUUUUUAUUGAAGAGUGCAGACUUACAGAAUACCAACAAGAGUCGCGUUAUAAUACCGUUUUAGGAUUUAGAAAUCAUGGCGUCCACAGCGGCGGGCAAACAGAGGAUCCCUAAAGUGGCGAAGGUGAAGAAUAAAGCCCCGGCAGAGGUGCAGAUCACCGCAGAGCAGCUGCUCAGAGAGGCUAAAGAAAGAGAACUUGAGUUACUGCCUCCUCCACCCAAACAGAAGAUCACCGAUCAGGAAGAACUCAACGAUUAUAAACUCAAGAAGAGGAAGGGGUUUGAGGACAACAUCAGGAAGAACAGAACAGUUAUCAGUAACUGGAUCAAGUACGCACAAUGGGAGGAGAGCCUGAAAGAAGUCCAAAGAGCUCGCUCCAUCUACGAGCGAGCGUUGGACGUAGAUCACAGGAAUAUCACGCUGUGGCUGAAGUAUGCCGAGAUGGAGAUGAAGAGCCGGCAGGUGAAUCACGCUCGCAACAUCUGGGACCGAGCCAUCACCAUCCUGCCUCGUGUCAAUCAGUUCUGGUACAAAUACACAUAUAUGGAGGAGAUGCUGGGGAACAUUGCGGGCUGCAGGCAGGUGUUUGAGAGAUGGAUGGAGUGGGAGCCAGAAGAACAGGCCUGGCAUUCCUACAUCAACUUUGAGCUGCGCUAUAAGGAGGUGGACAAGGCUCGCAGCAUUUAUGAAAAUUUCGUCAUGGUCCAUCCCGAGGUAAAGAACUGGAUCAAGUACGCUAACUUUGAGGACAAGCAUGGCUACAUCGCUCGCGGGAGGAAAGUGUUCGAGAGAGGGGUGGAGUUUUUCGGCGAAGAGCAUAUCAGCGAGAACCUCUAUGUGGCUUUUGCCAGAUUUGAAGAGAAGCAGAAAGAGUUUGAGAGAGUGCGGGUCAUCUAUAAAUACGCUUUGGACCGAAUCCCCAAACAGCAGGCCCAGGAACUGUUUAAGAAUUACACUGUGUUUGAAAAGAGGUUUGGAGACAGGAGAGGAAUAGAGGAUGUGAUCGUCAGCAAAAGAAGAUUUCAGUAUGAAGAAGAGGUCAAGGCGAACCCGCAUAAUUAUGAUGCCUGGUUUGAUUAUCUGCGUCUGGUGGAGAGCGACGCUGACGCAGAGACCGUUCGAGAAGUGUACGAGAGGGCCAUAGCCAACACUCCGCCCAUCCAAGAAAAGAGACACUGGAGACGCUACAUCUACCUGUGGAUUAACUAUGCUCUCUACGAGGAGCUGGAGGUCAAGGACCCUGAGAAAACGCGGCAGGUGUACCAGGCCUGUUUGGAUCUUAUGCCACACAAGAAGUUCACGUUCGCCAAGAUUUGGCUCUUAUACGGACGGUUUGAAAUCAGACAGAAGAACUUGCAGAACGCAAGACGCGGCUUGGGCACAGCCAUCGGGAAGUGUCCCAAAAACAAACUGUUCAAGGGCUACAUCGAGCUGGAGCUCCAGUUGAGAGAGUUCGACCGCUGCCGGAAGCUCUACGAGAAGUACCUGGAGUUCAGUCCGGAAAACUGCACCACCUGGAUCAAGUUUGCAGAACUGGAGGCGAUCCUGGGCGAUACAGACCGGGCCAGAGCCAUAUUUGAGCUGGCCAUAGGACAACCACGAUUAGACAUGCCGGAGGUGCUCUGGAAAUCGUACAUUGACUUUGAGAUCGAACAAGAAGAAUAUGACAACACGCGUGGCCUUUAUAAGAGACUGUUACAGCGUACACAGCACGUCAAGGUUUGGGUCAGUUAUUCUCAGUUCGAGCUGUCCAUUGACACCGAUGAGCGUCUGCAGAGAUGCCGACAGGUCUAUGAGGAGGCCAACAAGGGUCUGCAGAGCUGUGAGGAGAAAGAGGAACGUUUGAUGCUCCUGGAGUCCUGGAGAGACUUCGAGGAGGAGUUCGGAACGUUUACCAACCAGGAAAGAGUAAGGAAACUUCUGCCUGAGAAGGUGAAGAAGAGGAGAAAGAUCACAGCAGAGGACGGGUCGGAUGCUGGCUGGGAGGAAUACUACGACUACAUUUUCCCUGAAGAUGCUGCCAACCAGCCCAAUCUCAAACUGCUGGCCAUGGCCAAGAUGUGGAAGAAACAGCAACAGGUGGAGGAGGAAGAAGAGGAGGAGGAGGAAGAAGAAGAAGAGGAAGAACAGAACGUUCCUCCCCACGCAGAAGAACCGCAGGAGAUCUCAGAAGCAGAGGAGCAGGACCCUGCUGACAGCAGACAGAAUGAGAUUGAUGAUCGUGAUGAUGAGGACGAGAGCAGCAGCUCCAGCAGUGAGAGCGAGGACGAGACGGAACAAACCAAGACAGAUGCAGACAGAGACUGAACCGCUGCGGUGGAAUCCAAUGCGAUGUUUCUGUUUCGUUUUGUCUUUUCUUUUGUAACAAAAUAAAGGUGAGAACCAAACGCGCUUGUGUCAGUCACUGGUGUCGUUUAAU